GUCAGGUUGUAGAUACCGGAAGUAGGAUUAGUAUGUUAGGACUGUUAGAAUUCAUUGACUUCGUUUUCUAUUUAAAAUUGCCUCUGAGGUUGAGUGGCCCGGCAGGGAGUAGGAGGCAGAUGGCCUACGAGGUGCAGCGAGCAGGGCCCCGAGGCUGGUGGAGCCGGACACCCAGGUGGCCCAGAGGACCAGGCCCUGAUGAUGAAAAUUAACUCUCCAGACUUGCAUGGCAAAUAGCUUUACCCGCUGAGCCGUUGCCCAGGCCUGGUGAUGCUGUUUUUCUGUGGCCACAACUGAAGUACUGGUGCUGAAGGUGAUGGUGUUGGAGACAGUGACGGUGAUGGUGAGGCUGGAGAAUCGCCAGUGAUGGUGUGCACAGAGGACGAGCGGCGCCCUGUACGACUGCUGAGCACAGCAGAGCUGGAAGCUGUGCUGGCCGGCAGGCGGGUGUGAACCUCAGGACCUCAGCGUCUCACUCCAAGAGGAAACAUGUCUAAAAAGGGCCGCAGCAAGGGUGAGAAGCCCGAGACGGAGACGGACUCUGUGCAGAUGGCCAACGAAGAGCUACGGGCCAAGUUGACCAACAUCCAGAUCGAGUUCCAGCAGGAGAAGAGCAAGGUGGGGAAGCUGCGGGAGCGUCUGCAGGAGGCCAAGCUGGAGCGCGAGCAGGAGCAGCGUCGCCACACAGCCUACAUCUCGGAACUCAAGGCCAAGCUGCACGAGGAGAAGACGAAAGAACUGCAGGCGCUGCGCGAGGCGCUCAUCCGGCAGCACGAGCAGGAGGCAGCGCGGACCGCCAAGAUCAAGGAAGGUGAGCUGCAGCGGCUGCAGGCCACGCUGAACGUGCUGCGCGAUGGCGCUGCAGACAAAGUCAAGACAGCAUUGCUGGCCGACGCGCGCGAGGAGGCGCGCAGGACCUUUGAUGGCGAGCGCCAGCGGCUGCAGCAGGAGAUCCUGGAGCUGAAGGCUGCGCGCAAACAGGCGGAAGAGGCACUCAGCAACUGCAUGCAGGCGGACAAGGCCAAAGCCGCCGACCUGCGCGCUGCGUACCAGGCGCACCAGGAUGAGGUGCACCGCAUCAAGCGGGAGUGCGAACGUGACAUCCGCAGACUGAUGGACGAGAUCAAAGGAAAAGAGCGGGUGAUCCUGGCCCUGGAGAAGGAGCUCGGCGUGCAGGCCGGACAGACCCAGCGGCUGCUGCUACAGAAGGAAGCUCUGGAUGAGCAGCUGGUCCAGGCCAAGGAGGCGGAACGCCACCACAGCAGCCCCAAGAGGGAGCUUCCUCCUGGCAUUGGGGACAUGGUGGAGCUCAUGGGGGGACAGGAUCAACAUAUGGACGAGCGAGACGUGAGGCGAUUUCAGCUUAAAAUUGCUGAACUGAAUUCAGUGAUUCGGAAGCUGGAGGACAGGAACACCCUGCUGGCGGAUGAGAGGAACGAACUGCUGAAGCGCUCUCGGGAGACGGAGGUGCAGCUGAAGCCGCUGGUGGAGAAGAACAAACGCAUGAACAAAAAGAAUGAGGACCUGCUGCACAGCAUCCAGAGGAUGGAGGAGAAACUCAAGAGCCUCACGCGUGAGAAUGUGGAGAUGAAAGAAAAACUGUCUGCUCAGGCCUCACUAAAGCGACACACGUCCCUGAAUGACCUCAGUCUGACCAGGGAUGAGCAGGAAAUAGAGUUCCUGAGGCUGCAGGUGCUGGAACAGCAGCAUGUCAUCGAUGACCUCUCUCUGGAAAGAGAACGCCUUCUGCGCUCCAAGAGGCACCGAGGCAAGAGCCUGAAGCCCCCCAAGAAGCAUGUUGUGGAGACAUUUUUUGGAUUUGAUGAGGAGUCUGUGGACUCCGAAACCUUGUCAGAGACAUCCUACAACACAGACAGGACAGACCGGACCCCAGCCACGCCUGAAGAGGACUUAGAUGAGACCACAACCAGAGAAGAGGCCGACCUGAGGUUCUGCCAGCUGACCAGGGAGUACCAGGCUCUGCAGAGGGCAUAUGCCCUGCUUCAGGAGCAGGUUGGGGGGACGCUGGAUGCUGAGAGGGAGGCCCGGACUCGGGAGCAGCUUCAGGCCGACCUGCUGAGGUGCCAGGCCAAAAUCGAGGACUUAGAGAAGCUGCUGGUUGAGAAGGGACAGGAUGCUGCGUGGGUGGAAGAGAAGCAGGUACUCAUGAGGACAAACCAGGACCUGCUGGAGAAGAUUUACAGGCUGGAGAUGGAGGAAAACCAGCUAAAGAGCGAAAUGCAAGACGCCAAGGACCAGAACGAGCUGUUAGAAUUCAGAGUGCUAGAACUCGAAGAGAGAGAGCGAAGGUCGCCAGCCUUUAACCUCCAAAUCACCACCUUCCCCGAGAACAACAGCAGCGCUCUCCAGCUGUUCUGUCACCAGGAAGGAGUAAAGGGUGUGAAUAUCUCUGAACUUAUGAAGAACUUAGAUAUCCUUGGCGAUAACGGGAAUUUGAGGAAUGAAGAGCAGGUGGCAGUAAUCCAGGCGGGAACUGUGCUUGCCCUGUGUGAAAAGUGGCUGAAGCAGAUAGAGGGAACAGAGGCAGCCCUCACGCAGAAGAUGAUAGACCUGGAGAAGGAGAAGGACCAGUUCAGCAGGCAGAAAGGUUACCUGGAGCAGGAGCUGGACUACAGGAAAGAAGCCCUCGACCAGGCCUACCUGGUAGGACCAGAAAAAAUCCAGGACCUGGAGGCCACCUUGUACAAUGCGCUGCAGCAGGAGCCAGGGCGGAGGGCCACCGAGGCACUGAGCGCCAGCCAGCGGGAGGACCUCCAGGCAGCUGUGGAGAAGGUGCGCAGACAGCUCCUGCGUCAAAGCCGGGAGUUCGACAGCCAGAUCCUACGGGAGCGGAUGGAGCUGCUGCAGCAGGCCCAGCAGAAAAUCCGGGACUUGGAGGGCAAGCUGGAGCUGCAGAGGCGCCAGCUGAAGGAACUAGAGGAAAAGCAUUCAUUCUGUGGCCUUGACGACGCCCAUGCGCCGAGAACACUGGCUAGACAAAGAGCUUUUGGAAUCACCUGAGUCCCCGUGGUGCCCCAUCCUCACUGAAACCAAAAUCCAACAGUGCAACAAAGCUUUUCAAAGUCCG